GUAUCUUCAGCUAGCACAGGAAGUGCUAUGACGACAAGCCGUCACAACAAAAUGCGCUAGCCAUUUCUUGAGAGCAAUAUCGUGACUAGCGUUCCCCACUUUUUCCAUCCGUAUUUGAUUUAAGACAACAGUCUAACGUUAGAGAGCGGCAGGAGUCAUGUUACGACCGAAGGCUUUGACGCAGGUUCUGAGCCAAGCCAACACAAACGGAGUCCAAAGCACCCUAUUGCUAAACAACGAAGGCUCUCUCCUGGCCUACUCUGGCUACGGGGACACGGACGCUCGGGUCACGGCUGCCAUCGCCAGCAACAUCUGGGCGGCCUACGAUAAGAACGGCCACCAGGCCUUUAAUGAGGACAAGCUCAAAUUCAUACUCAUGGACUGCAUGGAGGGAAGAGUGGCCAUCACGCGAGUGGCCAACCUACUCCUAUGCAUGUACGCCAAAGAGACAGUGGGUUUCGGAAUGCUCAAAGCCAAGGCUGAGGCUCUGGUGCAGUACCUGGAAGAACCUCUGACCCAAGUAGCCGCAUCGUAGUUGGAUUGUAGCACAGGCCGGUCCUUGGUGUGGCUUUUCAUUCACAUCACGUCUAUUUUUUAUUUUUUUUCUAAUUUAAUCAUGGAAAGGUGUUGAUGUUAACAACUUCUUUUGUCUCUUCAGUUAGACUUUGUGUUGUAUUUUUUUCCUCACUGUGACAUUAAGGAAGGUUCAUGAAAGGAUCAUGAUUUCUUAAGUGUCAUUGAAAUGUAAUUAAGUUGAAAUGUGACAGUUUAUUUCAAAUGUGUACAUAAACAUUUUCUGAUUACA